AAUCACGUGGGUGUGACGCAAUCUGAUUCCUCUUGCCGGCAGGAAGCUGGAUGAAGUGUUUGUCAUCGUGACACAUGAAAGUCACCGCUUAAUUUAACUGAGUGAAAUCCAGUAGGAGGUAUUUUUGCAAUCUUCUGCCGCAGAACACACUCCUGUGUUCAAUAUGUACAAGAGGUAUUUCACAGCUGAUACGUUUGUAAUGCAACAAGAGUAUUUCAUAACGGGUUUAGCUAACGAAGCGUUGGACGUUUCGAAGGACAAACGUCAAUAGCUGGGGGGAAAACUACUAACAAUUCGUCUUUUCGAGAAGUUGCAGCGUUAAAAAACAAUCGGUGCUCGCUCACUCCUUCAAAGAUGGCAAGGAACCUCGCUAGAAUACUCGGAGGCUGUGGGAGCCUCGUUCCAUUCAUGAAGACACCCGCGUGCCCUCCUCGCAACAGCAGCAGCAUUCCUCCUGCCAGGACUCUGGUGCAGAUGCUCUUCUCCAAGUCCAGGGACUUCAGCCUGCCCAACUCCUCAUGGGGGGAAGAGAUGAUGCGACUCUAUGAAUUUUAUAACGGCCAAUCUGACGUAGAAACAGAAGGAGAGGAGAACCAGGGGAGGGAAUGGAAGAGACUCCCAAGCUACAACCGUUCCCUUAAAUAUGCAACAGGUGGAGUUUAUCUGAGCAAAAUAAUCCAGUCAAAAGCGCGUCUCUUCACCCGAAACAUUCGUGAACCUGGUGCUGCUUUUGAAUAUGUUCUCUUUAUCAACAAAGAAAAAGAGAGGUGUGUGUGCGUUUUCCAAGCGGGACACUUGCUGGAAGGACCUCCAGGACAUGUCCACGGGGGGGCAAUAGCGACCAUGAUUGACACAGUGACUGGAACUCAUGCAUCUGCGAUUUCUGCCCCAGUUAUGACGGCCAACCUCAACAUUGACUACCGCAGCCCCAUCCCACUGGGAAGCACAGUGUUGAUUGAGUCCACGCUGGAGAAAACAGAAGGCAGAAAAUUAUAUAUUUCAUGCAAAGUGACCAGCACUGAUGGCUCAAAGAGGCACACUGAUGCAACAGCACUGUUUGUGUCGAUCAGUGUCGCUCAUCUGCUGAAAGGGUGACAACAUUUCAGUCUGCCACAAACAACAAAUCUGUCACAGGUGUGUGUGUGUGUGUGACACUGUAAAAAAAAAAAAAAAGUGUCCUUUUGGUUUGAAAUAUGUACAUAUUUUCUAUAAAAUGAAAAUUGAAUGUAAAUAUAACAUUGUUUGCUUUUAAUUAUAUGCUAUUUUAUUAACAGUUUCUGCCAACUUUUAUUUUGACUUCACAUAUCUUUAAACUUUAUUUAAGGUGUAUUUUAUUGUUGAACAAAAUUGUAUUGUUUUCAGGUAUAUUGUGGCCUUAAACAUGAAUGAGCUGUACUUAUUUUUGUGGAGUAGCUCAAUAAACACUCUUCCAUGGUGCAACAGAAAACAAACUGCAAUAAGUA